GGUUUAAUGAGGCUGUGAGGCUGUGAGGGGGUUUAAUAAAACUGUUUAGACUGAUUUGAACGUAAAAUGAAUCCCUGUUUUGUGGCCAAUAGUGAACAGGAAGUUUCUCCUUGGGAUGACAUGUGUAGCAUGUGAGUGCACCAGAAACUCUCUCACACUUAUUCUGACAUUGUCCCCAUGCACAGUAUUUAUGGAAAGAUAUUACAAACUUCAUAACUAAUACAACAAAGUCUUGGACUUGAAAAUCUGUUUCUAGAAUGUAGUGUUACUGUUAGCCUCUAAAUGAGCUGAGGAGGGCAACAGAACGCCUGGGCUGCGUGGAAUCUGCCGCAAAUAUUCACCAGAAGAAGAAGUGCUGCUCCUCCACUGCUGCCCGCGCUGCACGAAUCCAGUCCGCCUCUUUCCACCUUACACCGGGUCCUACCGUCCUACCGGGUCUCAACGGGUCUCACCGGGAGGGAGACGGAGGUGCCCUACGUAAGAUAGGGGGUUCGGUUCAGUUCGGUUCGGAUCGGAUCGGAUCAGAUCACAUGACUAUGUUGAUGAGCCCAGAUCAGGAGGCCCUGAUCGGCCGGGUGUUUGGAUCCUACCUGAUGGAGCAUCAUCGUGGGGAUAUCCUCCAGCUGAGUGCAGACACUAAUGAAGACACCCACCGGCCUGUCCUCGUUAAUGCCAUGACUCUGUUUGAAGCCAACAUGGAGGUUGGGGAUUAUUUCAACGCCUAUCCCAAUGAUGUCCUGGCUAUAUUUGAUAAAGUGUUACAAAGAACAGCCCUGGAGUUAUCAGAGAGUGCCUCUCCCAAGGACCACGGAGGACGAAGAACAACCGAGAGAAUGAGACACACUCUUCAUGCACGCAUUACAGGUCUGCCAGUGUGUCCAGAGCUGACCAGAGACACCAUCCCCAGGUCCAGAGAUGUGGGACACUUUCUGUCUGUCACUGGUACUGUCAUACGCACCAGUGUUGCCAAGGUUCUGGAAUACGAGCGUGAUUACAUGUGCACAAAGUGUCGUCACGUCUUCAGCGUGCAGGCUGAUUUUGACCAGUUCUACACCUUUGUCCCGCCGGCAGCCUGUCCUAAUCCUGAGGGCUGUACUUCAUAUAAAUUCAGCUGUCUGUCUGGAGGAUCUGAGCCUGCUGCCUGCAGGGACUACCAGGAGAUCAAGAUACAGGAGCAGGUGCAGAGGCUGUCAGUGGGCAGUAUUCCUCGUUCUAUGGUGGUGGUUCUGGAGGAUGAUCUGGUGGACAGUUGUAAAUCUGGAGAUGAUGUGACGGUUUACGGGGUGAUGUGCCAGCGUUGGAAGCCCUUUUAUGAUGGCGCUCGCUGUGAUGUGGAGCUAGCCCUCAAAGCUAACAACAUGGAAGUGAACAACCAGCAGGCUGCUGCUGCUCUUCUCCUGAAGGACGCUCAGAAAGAGUUUGAAGACUUCUGGACCAACUACAAACAUGAUCCCAUAGCUGGUAGGAACCAGAUCUUGUUGAGCCUGUGCCCACAGGUGUUUGGCAUGUAUGUGAUUAAACUGGCGGUGGCCAUGGUGUUGGCUGGAGGGGUGCAGAGAAUAGAUUCUUCUGGGACCAAGAUCAGAGGUGAGUGUCACAUAUUGCUGGUCGGUGACCCCGGCACGGGGAAGUCUCAGUUCCUCAAGUAUGCAGCUAAGAUCAUGCCCCGCUCUGUACUCACAGCUGGAAUUGGGUCAACAAGUGCAGGGCUGACAGUAGCAGCGGUGAAAGAUGGAGGUGAUUGGCAUCUGGAGGCAGGAGCCCUAGUCCUGUCAGACGGCGGUCUGUGCUGCAUUGAUGAGUUCAACAGCAUCAAGGAACACGACCGCAUCAGCAUCCAUGAAGCUAUGGAACAACAGUCUAUUAGUGUGGCCAAAGCUGGGAUGGUGUGUAAGCUGAACACCAGAACCAGCAUCCUGGCAGCUGCCAACCCUAAAGGCCAGUACGAUCCCAACGAGCCGCUGUCUGUGAACGUAGCUCUGGCCAGCCCUCUGCUGAGCCGCUUUGACCUGGUUCUUGUUCUGCUGGACACCAGGAAUGCAGAGUGGGACCACACCAUCUCCUCCUUCAUCCUGGAGGACAGAGGGUUGCCUGCUGAGUCAGCCAGCCUGUGGUCCAUGGAGAAGAUGAAGGCUUACUUCAGUGUGAUUAAACGCCUGCAGCCGCAGCUGUCUGACGAGGCCAACAGCAUCCUGACACGUUACUACCAGCUGCAGAGGCAGAGUGACGGCCGCAACGCCGCCCGCACCACCAUCCGCAUGCUGGAGAGUCUGAGCAGACUGGCUGAAGCCCACGCCAGGCUGAUGUUCAGAGAGACUGUGACCAUAGAGGACGCCGUCAUUGCUGUCUCUGUCAUGGAGUGCUCCAUGCAGGGCGGUGCUCUGCUGGGGAAUGUAAACGCGUUACUCACCUCGUUCCCCUCCGACCCCGGUCAGCAGUAUCAGCUCCAGUGUCAGACCCUGCUGGAGGGGCUGAACCUGCCACUGCUCCUUCAGAAGGACAUGGACAGACAGGCCAGGCUGAAGAGCAGAGCCUCAGAGGCCUCCCAGCUCCACCCACCAACUGAUCAUUACCAGUGUCAACUCAGAGACCCAAACUCCACCAACACAACACACCGCCAUGACGUCACCACGGUGGACAGUGGCUUGGACUGGUUCCACUCCAUCACUCCAUCACUGUCGCCAGAUGGUAUGGCCUCGUCCAUGACUACAGCAGCUCAACAUACCCGGAACAGAAAACCAAACCCCAGCUGGUCAGACAUGUCUCCAGUAAGCAAACAGUCACACUGUCAAAGUGAGAAGGACCGUCUGAGUAACACUGGCUCCUCAUUGAACCGUGGAACUAUUCCCUUUGCUUCAGAAGAAGACACCAGAAAAAGCCCAAAGGAGAGAUGGAGAGAUGAAACCCAGCCAAAGACACUGGGCUGUGUGUUUCAGAAAGUCUCCAAGAAUCUGAGAGACAGACGAAGACAGCUGGAGCUGAAUCAGCAGCAUGGAGAGAGGGUGGUGUCUGCUGAUAGUUUAGAUACAACCUCAUCAGGUGAGAAGCUAGCUCAGGAUAACCUGUCCUCUGGCAGAGACAGUAGAUGUGGGAAGGAAGACAAGAGGGACCAGACUGGGACUAAGAACACCAGUACUGAGCUAAAGGAACAGAUGGACACUGAAGCUGAAACAGGUGAAGAGUUGCAUGCAAAGUUGUCAGGUUUUAUAUUCAAACCAAGGAAGAUGAGAGCUUCAGUCCACAACCAGCAGCUCAGCUCAGAGAUCCAGACUAGUAGUAACCCCGGCAGCAGAGAUCUUCACACCCACACACUUAGACCAGUUAGACCAGUUAGACAUGAGGAGUCUGCUGACCCACUUACAGACACAGAGAAGAAUAAAAGACAGAACCAGUACCAAAGAAAACAGGUGAGCUGUGACAGUGGGGGGGGACAGAGUGGGUCUGGAGUCAGUAUGGAUCAGGAUGGUUUGGCCCGAGUCGACUCAGCCACCUCCAUUAUAGAUCCAGCACCUUCCAGGUCCACUGUGGCCUCUUCAACGCUGGAUAAACUCUCCAGAUUCUCAUUCACCUGCUCAACUGAACCCACGACCACACCUCAAACCACAGUGGGAAACAGUCCUCCUACUGGAGUGGAAGAAAGAGAUAGUGCUUUAAAUCCCCCUGAACACAGUCCUUUAGUAAGGAAAAUCCAAACUGUACAGGACCCGGAGCUCCCACGAAGACGGGAACACCAACACUGGACAGAGUCACCGACUAAAACCAUGUCCAAGAGCAAAGCAAAGCACACAGAGGGGACUUCUGCUGCAGACCAGAGGAACAGUGUAGAGAUGGUGAACAAUCUGAAGAAGAGGAAGUGUUUUGAGCUGGGCCCUCCACUGAGUAGUGUUGCUGGUUCCAGGGGUCCCUUCUCUCUGUUUGACUCUGUCGCGUUCAGUAAUGAUGUUCUGGACACUGACUGGGACCAAGAGGUUUCAAAGAAAGCCAAAAUGUGAAGUCCUAGGCUGCUGUCACCAUGUGUAUGUGGACAAUGAUGCAUUCUUGAUUUGCUGUGGAGACUUCUUGCCUCCUGUAGUAUGAAAGUAAAACUGUGAAAUGGU